UGAAAUACCCCUUGGAUCUGGAUUGAUUAUACCUGAUUUUCUCCACUGCGCAUAAAAGGUAUACUGUGAUUGUGAAUUUUCAUAUGCUGUGUUUGUAAGAGUCUCUCAUUUUCUGAUCUCUGCAGCAUGGUUUCUAAUCCAGCACCGCCAGCUGCUGCAGAAAACAUUCCUGACAGUGUGACCACCGCACCUCAACUCGGCUCUCGACACACAGCGAGUUGGCACGGGUUCACUGUGCCGCUGCAAGAGCAGCAGAACCCAGUGUCUGACGACUGCCCUGCCAUCAGGAGCCUUUCCCUUGGAGCGAAACCACUGAUCCAAACUCCAAGUGGAGGCUCCAAUACUAUCCUUAAAUUGAGGACAAAAUUGAGGAGAUCUCCAGCUCCUUCUGAAAAGGUUCACACUGCUGUGGCCACCCCAGGAACCCAUGUCCCUAGCGGCCUUGAUCUCAAUGCCACUUUCCAUGGUCAGCAAGGGGAGCAACCAAACCACAGCCCUCCGGCUUCUCCCAACCUGCUUCACUCAACACCACCACCCCCGACCCAGAGCCCAGGAUUUUUCCGUAAAAUGCUGGCAAGGUUCAGAAAGAGGACUCUCCCUCGGGAGAGAAGACGAGCCCCGUCAGCCAGGAUUCCCAGUGGAAGCUCCCCGGGUGGAGUCCCCUUCGCUGCUGGCACGUCCAUGGACACAGCAGCACGUGGGCGGCCGCAGGACCAGCGACCUGCUCCACCUGACCGCCCGCCUGCCCCUCCCGCCCUAGCCCGUCGCUCUGCCCCAUCGCCCCUUCCCGUGUCAGGAUUUCCAGGAAACACAAAUGCAGACAGCGUGGUGCACUAUAGACUCCAGCCUCCCUUCGAAGCCAGGUUCCUGCGCUUCCUCCCUUUAGCCUGGAGCCCUAAGGGCAGGAUUGGGAUGCGGAUCGAAGUGUACGGCUGUGCAUACAGUUUGCUGACUUCAAAGCAGAACAUGCUCUUUGAUGGCGAUUUGCCAUUAGCUCGAUGUUCCUUCAUGAGGAGACACUACUCCAGUUCCUUGGGCUGGAGGUCGGUACCCAGAAGAUCAAAGCUCCAUGCCUGGUCCCGGAGAGGGCCACUGAGCAGUUCAGCUGUUGUGGAAUCUGCUAGAACUGUGAGCUUCUGUAAACACAUGCUGUUGGGCAAAAAUAACCAGCAGCCCCGAGAGGAUCCGAAACAUACCAAGAAACAGACAAAGCGAUUUGGGGCCCGUCGGUUCUCCGGCGGAAUCGGACAAGAAAUGCUCGACCGCGGGUUCUCGCGCCCACGCCUGCCAUCUGCCGCGCGGCCGCUAGGUGUCAGCAGAGCGCCGCGUCCGACCGAGUGGCCGCUGCUCGCCGCCGCCAGCGCGCGCCCGUGCGUUUAUCAACGUGUUCAAACACGGGUCCGCAAGGCGUCGCGAUUUCUCCUUCUCGUGACAUGUUAG